CACACAUCACUCAUCAUGAUUCAAGCGACGCAAAUGAUAUCAGCUACAACUCUCACCUCUUUCUUCCUUCUUCUUCAUCAUCAACAACAAAAAAAGACGCCGACUGCAGCUUCGGCUACAAUGGAUCUUAACUCAUGGGCUCUGCCACAACUGUCGAAACUGCUCCCUCUAGACGAUGAAUCAUUGAAGCAGAUCAUCUCGUACACUGAAACUCUGCCGAAUAGGGAAGCGGCCGAUCACCUUCAAAAUCUAUUGGGCGACAGUCCGCAGGCUUUGGAAUUCAUCACGUCUUUCAAUAAUCGAAGAAAACCUCAAGCUUCGGCCAGCUCUGGCCAAAAUUCAAAUGCUGGUGGUAUAUCAGAAGUGCCAAAAGCCAAGCGACACGGCAAGAAGAAGGCACCAUUGAACAAGCUUCCACCUCCGCGACAGGUAGAGAAUUUCGGCAAUGUGGCAGGUGGCUAUGUCAAAAAAGAAGAAGAAGACUACAUGUCUGGUUCUUCGAAAGCGAAACAGAACAAAGGUGCCGCUUUUGCUCUCUCGACCGAGCCGGACGCUAUCCAGAUACCCAGAACAUCAGACACUUCGACACCGAAAUCGCGCGGCAUAUCGCCCGCUCCUCCACCUUCUAAACUCCCACCUUCAGCAGCGGGCCAGCUUAUAUCCGAUGUGAAAGCCAAAUCUUCCCGAAACUCCUCGCCCAAGCCAAAGGCCAAGGUCAAUGUCGCAGGCGGAACUCCCAUGCAUGGUGCUUCGACCGCUCUCAAUGACCUUGAAUCUGCAAUAAGAGCAUUGGAGAUUCAAACUAAUCCCUCACUUUCUUCGUCGCAGGACCAAAGCAAGCGCAAGUGCAACUGCAUGGCGACGCGACAUCCACUGCUCGAAGCCGCGCCCAAUUGCCUCAAUUGCGGUAAGGUCAUUUGUGUCAAAGAAGGCAUCGGACCAUGUACAUUUUGCGGGAAAGCACUGCUCAGCUCAGAUGAGAUUCAGUCCAUGGUCAAGGUCCUACGGGAAGAGCGAGGGAAAGAGAAGAUGGCCGCAAAUAAUAGUAAUCAGAAACGCGCCGAUGUCGCCGCAGCACCUCGACCAUUCUCCACGCCCAAGUCUGCCACUCCCCUGUCAUCAAACCCCGCUUCAGAUGUGGAUUCAGAAUCUGAGAAGUUGGCAAAAGCAAAGCAGCACCGUGACAGACUUCUAGCAUUCCAAGCCCAGAAUGCGCGCCGGACCCAAGUGCACGAUGAAGCUGCUGAUUUCGAGACGACGAGUGCUGGAUUAAGCAUGUGGGCAAGCCCUCAAGAGCGAGCGAUGCAGUUAAAGAAACAGCAAAAGGCACUUCGCGAACAGGAGUGGAAUGCUCGGCCAGAGUACGAGAAGCGCAAAGUUGUGGCGAGCAUCGACCUAGCUGGCGGGAAAAUUGUCAGGAAAAUGGCGGCGAUGGAACGGCCAUCGACACCUGAGAGCGAAGACGAGUCGCCGGAGCCAACCCAGAACCCUGAUCGACGUGCCAUCUCCAGUGGUGGCGGCGCAUUCAGCAGGAACCCUUUGCUAGGGGGAUUGAUCCGCCCUACCAUCAAGUUAGAUACUAAAGGAAAGGGGAAAGAAAGCGAGAAGAAACAAACAUGGAGACGAGUACAGGACGAUGACGACGAUAACGAACAAUGGAUUCUAGAUGGUGGUGCUUAUGGUGGACAAGCUACAGCACAAGAGCAGGAUGUAUGUGGUUAG